AUGGUUCACGAUAGAGGUUAUGUCGUAUCUCAAUCAGAACUUGAUAUGGACUUAGAAUCUUUUAAACGUACAUUUGCUCCAUCUGGUGAUGUUGAUCGUGAUCAAUUAACAUUUGUCGUUCAACAUAAAGAUGACCCUACUGAUCAAAUUCUUGUAUUUUUCCCUAAAGAUCCCUCUGUUGGUGUAAAGCCUUUGAGAGUUUUUGUUGAACGUAUGGCACAACAACAGAUUGCAAAGGGUAUUUGUAUUUAUCAAAAGAGCAUGACAUCUUCUGCCAAUAAGGUCAUUCAGUCCUUGCCUUCUAAGCAUACAUUAGAAUCUUUCCAAGAAAACGAAUUAUUAGUUAAUAUUACACACCAUGUUUUAGUACCUAAACAUGAAGUUUUGACAACUGAAGAGAAGGCAACUUUAUUACAAAGAUAUCGUUUGAAGGAAACUCAAUUACCUCGUAUUCAACACACUGAUCCAGUUGCUAGAUAUUAUGGUUUGAAGCGUGGUCAGGUUGUUAAAAUUUUAAGAGAAAGUGAAACUGCAGGACGUUAUGUCAGUUAUAGAUUAUGUAUUUAA